CAUAUGGAGACUAUCAACAGAGAAACACUUCAGGCAGACCUUGAUGCAUUCGAUAUUUCUGAGGAACUUGGAUUUCUCCUUGAGGAGCCACUAACUAACCUUCCAGACUAUUAUCGGGUGUGGUUGGACCUGGCAAAUAAUCUCACACAUCUGACAGAGUCACGUAAACUACGGGAUCUGGUUCAUAAGAUGCCGGUCUUGAGUCCCCAUCUCCUGAGCAAUUAUAGGGAGCUCAGGCUGGCUCACCUAGCGCUGGGGUUCAUCACCAUGGGAUAUGUAUGGCAGGAAGGCGAACAUGCACCUGCUCAGAUUCUCCCAAAAGCCCUGGCCUUGCCCUACUGGCUUGUAUCUUGCAGGCUCGGACUUCCAGCCAUCCUAACUUAUGCAGAUUCAGUUUUAGCCAAUUGGAAAUUAAGGGAUCCCACAGGGGAUAUGAAAAUUGGGAACAUGGACUUGAUAUUUUCCUUUCCCGGUGGUGAGAGUUGCAGGGGGUUUUUCAUUGUGUCACUGCUGGUUGAGAUGGCUGCAAGCUCAGGCCUAAUGGGGGCUCUGGAGGUGAUGCAUGCUAUGAAAAUUUCUGACCUCAUCGGCAUACAGAACGGACUCGUCAAAGUAACUCAGUCUUUGAAGAAGAUGAAGGAAACUUUCAAACUCAUUCACAAUCAUGUGGAUCCAACUGUGUUUCAUGGAACAUUGAGAAUUUUUGUCUCAGGGUGGCGAGACAACCCCAUGCUUCCAAGGGGGCUGUUAUAUGAAGGUGUGAGCACUGAGCCAAUUUUGUUAUCGGGUGGAAGUGCAGCCCAGAGUUCAGCCAUUCAGUGUUUUGAUGCUUUGCUGUGCACCCAGCAUGAGGAUGAGACAAGAGCCUUCCUGACACGCAUGAGGGAUUACAUGCCUCCUGCCCACCGUCAGCUGAUAGAAACUCUCUCUGCACCUCCGUCUCUGCGCGACUUCAUCCUCUCCUGCUCAAGCUCUGAUAUCUGCCAGGCCUACAACUCCUGUGUCUCAGCGCUGGUGGAUUUACGGAACUACCACCUCAAUACUGUGACCAAGUACAUCAUCGUGCCCGGUACCCAUUCCUAUGCCAUGGGCUGCCCACUCAGAGGUGUGGGCGCUGGGCUGAACACCACAGGGACCGGUGGAUCCAACCUAUUGGUCUUCCUCAAGAGUGUUCGUAACACCACAGAAAAGGCGCUGAUCUUAGAGAGGCCAUCUGUGUCAAGAAAAACUGGAAAGUGA